AUGGGAAGAUCAUAUCGACAUGGAGGAGAAAGUUAUUUCGGAGGUGAUGGUGGUGGAUUUAGAUUGACUGGAAUUCAAAAAUUAAUUGCUCUCAAUGUUGCUGUGUUUGUCCUCUCUAAUAUUUUCCUAACAAGAGAAGAGAUGGUCACUUAUUUAGGAGUUUCAGUACAUAAUUUAAGAGAAGGAAGAUUACAUACACUUUUAACCAGCAUGUUUACUCAUUCCGAUUUGCUACACAUAUUCAUGAACAUGUAUGCAUUGAGUCAAAUUGGAAGAAUGAUGCCAAUGACUAGAAGAUUACUCUGGCCAGGUUAUAUAUUCUGUGGAUUGGUUGGCUCAUCUGUUUACAUUUUGGAUAAGUGGAUUGGAAGUACAAUUUUAAAUAGACCUCACGAAUAUUACAGUGUUGGUGUUGGAGCCAGUGGAGCCAUAUUUGGAUUAUUAGCUUUUGUGACACAAGUACAUCCAUUCAUUCCAGUGGGAAUUUUCUUCUUACCAUUCCAAUUUAAAUUGAGAAGUGUAUUUUACUCAUUCAUUGCAUUUGAAUGUUACCGUUGGUAUACGAAUAGGGAUUCAUCUGUGAGUGCCAGUGGCCAUUUGGGUGGUGCCUUUGGAGGAUUACUCUUCUUUUUACUCAAUAGAAAACGUUUAUUGUUCUAA